AUGAAGCGACGCUAACUUCGUGUAUUUCCUUUACAAACGUUUGGGCAAACGCAACGAGUGAAAACUGAAAUGGUGAAGAAGUCGUCGAUUAACGCACUGCAGGAAUUCUGCGUCCAAACUGAAAGUGGUAAGCCGUUGUACGAUUCCAAGGAAUCUGGAGAGGUUGGACAUGUAUGCAAAGUAACGCACAUGGAUUUGGAAGCUUUCGGCAAUGGACGCACCCAGCUCGCUGCCAGUCACGGCUAUGAAAAUGCCAGCCGCAUGGGCGAUAUGUUGACUGAGCUGCGUGACUAUUGUUUGUUUCACGAUAUGCCAUUGCCCACUGUUGAGAUAGUGCAGCAAAGCGGCGCAGAGUACUCGAUUAAGCGCUUCGGCAAGUCGAACAGCAAGAAGGACACAGGCCAGCGUGCUGCCAUUAAAACUCUUUAUAUUAUAUACGAGGGCGCGCCGCCAAUCGUUGAUGCUGAGGUGCUACCGCCGCCGCCGCCGGCCGCAAACUUGUUCAAAACAUUUCGCCACCAUAAUGCUGCUGGUGCUGGCCUUAAGCAGUGGCUCUGCGAUCUUUACAACUACUUCAAUAACUUAGACAGUGUGCUCUGGAAGGCAGAGGCUGUAUUUGCUGCACUGAAGCUGAGACCAAGCGUUACUAUGCUGCAGUUCGGGUCCCCCGACAACCCCUUGAUCUCAACUGUGCGUUCUAUUGUGUCUUCCUGGGCUUGCAGUCUCAGAUUUUUGAUCUAAUCAACAAUUACUUCAAAUACAUACAUAUAACACUAUAAAAAAAAAACAUUUGAAUUUAUCCAAAUAAAUUUAUACUUAACCAAUA